UUUUUUUUAAAGAAAUAAUUCAAUAAUCAGUAUAAUAUGGAAACUUACUCAUCCAACCUUAGCAAUAAGCUUAAAAAUCUGCUCACAAAGAGAGGCACAUGCUUCGAAAUCCUUGCAUUCGUUGGGCAUAUUGAGCAUUGGCAGUGGCUCAUGAGAUUGCUAUGCAACACAACCAAGGAGUAUUAUGAACAAAGAGAGCAUGAAUUUAUGGAACUUAUGACACUGACUGUUGGUCGUGGAUGGGAAGUCAUGAAACUAGUCAGAAUAUACUUUGAUCCUCAUGCAUAUCUACCUAGUGAAUUUGAUCUCCCUGGGAUUUUUGAUACUUCAAGAUUUAAUGCAUUUUAUGAAAGAAUUAUUGGAAAUAAGUUGAUUCUUCCAAAAUUUCGAUUGCUUCAUUUAAAAUUGAUUGGGAGCCGUCCCUCUUGAAAAGAUUUUUAGCAAAAAACUGAAUUUCAAACAUGUAUUAAAAUUUCUAGAUUAUAUUUAUCAGAGUUAUCUUAAAAAUUAUACAUCUGAUAGCUAUCUGAUUCCAUUUGAGUCUUUCAAAGUUGAUGGCUCUAUGUUCAAUUAUUUUGAAGUAAAAGAUACAAUCGAAAAUUUAUUAGAAAUGGGAGAUUGUAAAGUUAUAAUAUUCUUUAAAUAUGAUCCAACUAUUAUGGAGAUUUUUAAUAUACUUACCAAAGUUUCUCAAAAGACUGAAAUUGUUUUUAUUAAUAUGAUUUCAGGAAAAUUUUAAAGGCGAAAUGGUAAAAUCAUCAUCCAUCGAAAGUAAAAUUAAUCAUAUUAAAUUGGAAGAAAACUUGAUGUAUUUUCUAAAAUUACCCGGUCCUUCAGAAUACGUAGAAUCACUCGAUUCGCUCUACAAGUACAUUAUAAAAUUCCUCAAUCUACUCAUGGAAACAGCUCUUCACUUACCCCUGGAAUCGGUUGAACUCGAACUCCUAGAUACCACAAGAAGGCAUUUAUCUUAUCCUCAGAGAUUCUAUGAUGCUCUGAAGCGGCUGCCCAAGAAACUACAAGAAUACAUUGAUGAAAAAGGAAUGGAGUUCAGUUUCAAGUUUACCUUCCUACCUAAGAGUCCUUGUUAAUUCAGCCAUGUAUCAAUAUUAGGAUCUAACAUUGG